CAUCCACCUCCAUAACAAAACUCAACUCCAUCUCUCUCUCUUUCUCUCUCUCUUGAUUGAUUGAUAUACUUGCUAGCUAUCUAGCUAAGCUCUCUUUCCCAUGGCUGCAGUUGCUCAGGCCUUAGAGACCCCCUCAUCUGUUACCAGCAUCAAAUCACUAGCCGAGUCCUCUGCUCUAAACUCUGUCCCUUCUGCCUAUGCCUUCAACAGAAACCCCAAUGAGGAAGCAGAUCCAAACGAUCCCGAAUUCGCAAUUCCAAUCAUCGAUAUGUCACUCCUCACAUCUGGUACUCCUGAACAACGCUCCCAAAUCAUCCAUGACCUCGUCAAAAUUUGUCAAGAAUGGGGCUUCUUCAUAGCAAUUAACCACGGAGUGCCAGAGAGCCUAAUGAAGGCCAUGAUUGACGCCUGUCACGGCUUCUUCAGUCUUCCAGACGAGGAGAAAAAGGAAUUCAAAUCAGGGAAUGAUGUGCUAGAAAUGUUCAAGUAUGGUACCAGCUAUAACCUGGCCUUGGAUAAGGUCCUUCUCUGGAGGGACUUCUUCAAGGUCAGAACACAUCCUGAGUUUUACUCCCUCUACAAACCGGCUACCUUCAGUGAGGUUUCAAUGGAGUUUGGCAAAAGAACAAGAGAAGUGGCACUAGAAAUCAUAAAAGCAAUAUCUGAAAGCCUGGGAUUGGAGCCGAAUUACAUAUACGAAAAGAUGAACAUGGACCGUGGCUUACAAUUGCUGGCCGGGAACUUCUAUCCUCCUUGCCCUCAGCCGGAACAGGCCAUUGGUAUACCACAUCACACCGAUCACGGUCUAGUCACACUCCUCAUCCAGAAUGAGAUGACCGGUCUCCAAGUCGAACACAACGGAAAAUGGCUCACCGUUAACGGCCCUGCCAAUGGGCUUUUUGUUAACCUUGCUGAUCAAAUGCAGAUUCUUACCAACGGUAAAUACAAGAGUGUGAUGCACAGGGCGACUGUGAACAACAAAGCAACGAGGAUAUCAAUAGCUAUACCACAUGGACCUUCUGUAGAUACAACUAUUGCUCCAGCUCCAGAGCUGUGUGAAAAAGAUGGCAAACCUCCCAAGUACCUUGCCAUGAACUACAAGGAGUACAUUCAGCUUCAGCAGAGCGGCAAGAACUACAUGAAGACCGGAUCCGCAUUCGAUCAAAUACUAGCCUAGAUCCAGAUCUGUUGCUUGCUUUGCUACUUCAAGCUAGGUUUCACUGGUUCCACCAUGAAACGCUUGCAGCUAGCCUAGAUCGAGAUCUAUCUGUUGCUUAAAUUUUUUUAGUUUGUCUUCUAUUUGCCUUUCAAUAAUUAUUCGGUCUUCAGUGCCAAUAUAGAGCAAGAGACCUGUUAUAUAUACCUCUUAUCUAUAUAUAAAUGCUAUCUUCCAAAAUUCA